CUCUCUCUCUCUCUCUCUCUCUCUCUCUCUCUCAAACAGUUCCAUGGAAUCUUCAAAUCGCUGUUCAGUUAUCAUCAUCGGCGCCGGAAUUUCAGGCAUAUCGGCCGCGAAGGUAUUGGCAAAAAACGGAGUUGAGGACAUUUUGAUCCUAGAGGCGUCUGAUUCCAUCGGUGGGAGGAUUAAGAAACAGAAUUUCGGAAACGUAACGGUGGAGCUCGGUGCCGGUUGGAUCGCCGGUGUUGGUGGAAAACAAUCAAAUCCAGUCUGGGAACUCGCUGUUCAAUCCGGUCUUCGUACGUGCUUCUCCGAUUACAGCGAUGCUCGUUAUAACAUUUACGACCGAAGUGGGGAGAUAUUUCCGAGUGGGUUGGCCGGUGACACGUAUACGAAGGCGGUUGAGUCGGCGAUGCAAAAGCUAAGGACUGAUCGGGACAUCCUUCUUUCUGCUGACGUGUCCGAUAUUCCCGAACUUUCCACCAUACCCGAAACACCUAUUGAGCUCGCAAUUGAUUUUAUCCUUCAUGAUUUCGAAAUGGCUGAGGUUGAGCCAAUAUCAACAUAUGUGGAUUUUGGGGAGAGGGAAUUUUUAGUGGCGGAUGAGAGAGGAUACGAGUAUUUACUGUAUAAAAUGGCGGAGGAAUUUUUAUUUACAUCUGAGGGGAAAAUCUUGGACAAUCGUCUAAAAUUAAACACUGUUGUGCGGGAAUUACAGCACUCGAGGGACGGCGUUACCGUGAUAACGGAGGAUGGUUAUGUUUAUGAAGCCAACUACGUAAUUUUGUCUGUUAGUAUUGGCGUCCUUCAAAGCCACCUCAUCUCUUUCAACCCCAACUUGCCUAGGUGGAAAAUGGAGGCCAUUGAAAAAUGUGAUGUUAUGGUGUACACGAAAAUCUUCUUGAAAUUUCCCAAGAAAUUUUGGCCUUGUGGGCCCGGAAAAGAGUUCUUCAUAUAUGCCCAUGAACGAAGAGGCUACUAUACAUUUUGGCAGCACAUGGAGAAUGCAUACCCAGGGUCAAACAUUCUCGUUGUGACAUUGACAAAUGGGGAAUCAAAACGUGUUGAAUCCCAAUCAGACCAUGAAACAAUGAGAGAAGCAAUGGAAGUUCUUAAGAACAUGUUUGGGCCCGACAUUCCAGAAGCUUCCGACAUUCUUGUUCCACGCUGGUGGAAUAAUCGCUUCCAGCGUGGCAGUUACAGUAACUACCCUAUCUAUGCUGACUCAACAAUGUUUGAAAACAUCAAGGCUCCUGUAGGACGAAUCUUUUUCACUGGAGAACAUACAAGCGAGAGGUUUAGUGGCUACGUCCAUGGUGGUUACCUAGCAGGUAUAGAAACGGGAGAAGGUUUGUUGGAAGAAAUGAAGAGUGAGAAAGAUAGAGAAACGAAUAGCAAAUCAAUUUUAGAACCGUUGCUAGCACUAACAUUAUCACAAACAGAAGCAGUGGGUGGACUCCAAACAUGUGAUAUUCAUAGGCACCUUUUCCAUGGGAAUACCAAAAGGGAGGCCAUCUUAUGACUACAAAAACCACAACUUGUAGAUAACACACACAUGAUUCAUACCUCAAACUUAACACCCCACAUUUCGAUAUGGUAGGGUAGGUAGGGUG